AUAUUUUUGUUUGAUUGAAAUUUGGUUUAAAAGUCUUGUCUUUGGAAAAUCUUCAAUACUCAUUCGGUUUCGAUUUCAGUGUUUCAAUCUCAAGUCUCUGAAGACUUUCUAGAGAGAGAAAGAGAAACUAGAGAGAGAAAGAGAAAGAGAAGAGAAAAGAGAAACUUCAAUAUGGUUGAUGCCACUCAUAACAAUCUUCCCGGUGCCGCCGCUCCCGGAGCCGGAGGAGGACCUCAGUACACGGAUUUUCCCGCGAUUCCUUCCCAUGGAGGUCAGUACAUUCAGUACAACAUAUUUGGCAACUUGUUCGAGAUUACAACCAAGUAUCGACCUCCGAUUAUGCCUAUUGGUAGAGGAGCUUAUGGUAUCGUUUGCUCGGUUUUGAAUUCGGAGACGAAUGAGAUGGUUGCUAUGAAGAAAAUUGCUAACGCCUUUGAUAAUCAUAUGGAUGCCAAACGCACGCUUCGGGAGAUUAAGCUUCUUCGUCAUUUGGAUCACGAAAAUAUUGUAGCUAUAAGGGAUGUGAUUCCACCACCUUUGCGGCGAGAAUUUACUGAUGUCUACAUUGCUACUGAGCUCAUGGACACUGAUCUUCACCAAAUUAUUCGUUCAAAUCAAGGUUUAUCAGAGGAGCAUUGUCAGUACUUCUUGUAUCAGAUUCUUCGAGGGUUGAAGUACAUACAUUCUGCUAAUGUUAUACACAGGGAUUUAAAACCCAGCAACCUUUUGCUUAAUGCGAAUUGUGAUCUUAAAAUAUGUGAUUUUGGUCUUGCUCGUCCCACCGCGGAAAAUGAGUAUAUGACUGAGUAUGUUGUCACCAGAUGGUACAGGGCUCCUGAGUUGUUGUUGAACUCUUCAGAUUAUACUGCUUCAAUAGAUGUGUGGUCUGUUGGUUGCAUUUUUAUGGAGCUUAUGAAUAGGAAGCCUUUGUUUCCAGGCAAAGAUCAUGUUCAUCAGAUGCGCUUAUUGACAGAGCUGCUAGGCACACCAACAGAGUCAGAUCUCGGUUUCAUUCGAAAUGAAGAUGCUAAAAGAUACAUACGGCAACUCCCUUCGUUCCCUCGCCAACAAUUAGGCAGGGCUUUCCCACAUGUUCAUCCACUGGCCAUAGACCUCAUUGAGAAAAUGUUGACAUUUGAUCCAAAUAGAAGAAUUACUGUUGAAGAAGCUUUAGCUCAUCCCUAUUUGACAAGACUCCAUGAUGUUGCUGAUGAACCAGUGUGCUCAAAUCCUUUCUCUUUCGAAUUCGAACAACAACCUUUGACAGAAGAACAAAUGAAAGAUAUGAUCUACCAGGAGGCUAUAGCACUCAAUCCUCAGUAUGCUUAAUAAUAAUAAUAAUAUAUGAAGAAUGCCAUUUCCUUUGCUUAUUAUAAGGAGGAGGGUCUAUAUAAUAUGCUUAAUUUGCCACUCAUGCGAGUCUCUUUUUAUUUAUUAAUUUAAUUUUGUUAAAUAUUAAGAAAUAUGAUACAAUACAACUGUGUAUCUGUAUCCUUGUUGUAGUGUUUUGAUUCAUUAGGUGGCUAUUUCUUUAUGAUUGUCAAAGAAGAAGAAGAAGAAAGAAGAAUUAUAGGUCAUUUUUUCUUUGACCUGUGAUAAGGAUAGUCAACGCCUUACUAAUCGUUGAUCUGAUCGAACCACUAUUUGUAGAUGUAAUAUCUUUUAGUUGUAUUUUUUGUUUUUUAAAAUUUUAUUGUAUUUUAUGUAUUUUUAUGUAUGGAUUGAUUGAUGUACUGAAAAAUUGUUGUUGUGCAUAUGAUAAAAUGAAGAAAGAAAAUUGCUUCUU